UGUAGCAAACAUAUAUUUAUAAUCACAUGUGCAAUAGUGACAUAAUAUUAUUUUUCUAAUACACUACUCCGCAAUAAAAUAAUUGAAAUUAAACUAUUGAUUAAUUAAUUUGGUUAUUUAUUGAGAUGCACAAAUAAAAAUGUUAAUUAAGCCUUUAAAUUGUUACUGUUCAAAAACGUUAUCAAUAAAUAAUUUAAAAUGUCUUUGUUUACUGACAUUAAAUGGGAAUUCAAAACAAUUUAUUCGUCGCAAACACCAGACAUCAUUGAAGAAAUCAUACGAAACUCUUGGGCUAAAGGAAAGUUGCGAAGAUGAAGAUUUAAGACUAGCGUUCGUACAUUUAGCUAAACAAUAUCAUCCAGACAGUGGAUCACCAAGUGCUAACUCAAAUAAAUUUUCUGAAAUUGAAAGGGCAUAUAGAUUAAUUCAACGAGAAAGAAAUUCCCGUAAGGAUGAUACUAAUUCGUUACCGGAUGUUGAAGAAUUUGAUAUCAAACAUACAGCACCACAACAUCGUAAUUAUUUAGCUUAUGAUACCGGCGUUGGGACACCAUCAGAAAGACAGCGAAGACAUACUGUUGAAAGAGCUCAAAAAGCUGUCGACAAUAUUACGGAACACAGAUUGAAAAAAAUAAAAGCUUGUGAGAAAAAUACUCUUGUAGGAAUGGAGAAACAUCGAGCGGGAGAUUUUAAAACACGGUUUGGUAUUGAUCGUUUAGUUGAAGAUUUAAUUCAAGAGUCUAUUAAUAGAGGAGAGUUUAGAGACCUGCCUGGUAUGGGGAAACCCCUUAAAGAUCGUGCUACUGCACAAAAUCCUUAUGUUGAUUUUGUAACACAUAAAUUAAAUGAGAUAUUGAUAGACAAUGGUUUUGUACCAGAAUGGAUACAAUUGUCAAAAGAAAUACGCGAAGAAACAAAAGAGUUGGAAAGUAAAUUAACUACAAUUCGAAAUGAAUUAGGAUCACUUCCAUUAUCUCUUGAGAAGGAUAAAUUAUGGAAAAAUACUUUAAAAAAUUAUCAAGAGAUUGUUAAUAAUAUAAAUAAAAAAAUAAAUAAAUUCAAUUUGCUUGUACCAAUUCUUCAAAAACAAAUGCUCUUAAUAAAUUUAAAUAAUAUAGCGAAAAAAAUUCUUGAUAAACCUUCAUGUCUUUCUGAAGGUAAAAAAUCGGAAGAUAACAUGAUAAUUCAAAAUAAUUCUGUACCAACAAAUUUGAUGGAUUUACUUUUUUCAGCUUUCGAUCGUAAAAAAAAAUAA